AUGAGCCGCCUCAGGUUGCCAGGCAACCGGCUCCCAGUUAAACAGUCACAGCUGCCUCCUGUCCGCGCCCUGACGGCUGCGCGGGGGCGGGGACCCCACUGCCGCCCCUUCUGUGCGGCGACCGGGCUGAACCCGCCCCCCCCACCCCCGGCCAGGGGGACGCCCGGGAAGCGCUGUGCGCGCGGCCCCGGGACGGGGGUCCCGCACAUCCCCGCCAUGGCCGCCCGCUGCCCCUGGCGCCCAGCGGGCGCCCCUUCCCCGGCACCCAGCCCACUCCGGUCUCGGGGCUCGCAGCCUGGCGCGCAUCUCCGCGCUGCGGGCCUCAGUUUCCCGGCCGCCCGCAGCCGCGAGGACCCGCGCGGGGUUCAGGCUCGGCCGUGGGCGCCGCAGGGAGGCCGCCGAUUCCCAGGGCUGCACCCCUGCGAGCCCCGCGCCGGCAUCGCACGGGACGCAAAGGGCUUCCUGGGGAACCGGCUUGGAAAGCCCGCCCCGCGAUUCGGAGCCCCGGGGCUCGGGGCUGCGAACAAAGGCCUACCGCCCGGCCCUCCAGGCGCGGCCCCUGAGGGCCCUGCCUCGCGCCACGGCCCAAGCAGCGGGCUGGACCACUGGCCGCCCGCGUCCCCGCACCCCAGGUGCGCCCUAAUCCCAGGCCGAGCGGCAGGUGCCGGGUCCACGGCCGGUCUGGCCUUCCCGGCGCUGCUCUGGAAACGCUGCAAAGUUUCCGAUAACGCGGAAAGGCGGGGGUUCUGUGCAGAUGAGAUUAUCGAUAGUUAUUGA